GGUGAGAUUGUUACAUACUGGGCAGCCAGCCUUGAAUUUACCUCCACAGGCCUUGAGCCACGAGAAAGUAGACAAGAUUCAUAGGUUAAUGACAGGGUGUUCUGGUGGAUUGGCAAGAGCCUGUCUGCUCCAUCUGGGCGACAACCAGAGCACUUUGGAAUCCCAUCAGAGGUAACUGUUGUCUCUUGAAGAGGUCCAACUGAUCUUUCUUCAUUUUGGUGAAGUCUAGAAGACCAGGUAAAAGACAUGUUUAAUCCACAUUUGUUAGAUGUCCCUGCUGUAGUUUUUGACAAUGGUUCAGGCCUCUGUAAAGUGGGAUUAUCUGGAGAUAUUGGACCCCGUCAUGUUGUCAGCUCAGUCGUAGGACAUCCUAAAUUUAACUUACCUUCUGCAAGAAGCAAUCGAAUCAAGUACUUUGUGGGUGAUGAAGCUCUAGACAAAUAUGGUUCCCUAUAUUUACACUGCCCCAUAGAACGUGGGCAGGUUACAGGGUGGGAUGAUAUGGAGAAACUUUGGAACCAUCUUUUUGAAGUAGAGCUGAGAGUAAAACCAAAUGAGCAGCCUGUAAUCAUGACUGAGCCCUCCUUGAACCCAAGAGAAACUCGAGAACGAAUUGCAGAAACCAUGUUUGAGAAAUUCGAUGUCCCAGCCUUUUACCUGGCCAACCAUGCAGCAAUAGCUCUCUAUGCCUAUGCCUGUGUCACCGGCCUUGUGAUAGACAGUGGUGAAGGACUUACUUGCACUGUUCCCAUCUUUGAGGGUUAUGCUCUGCCUCAUGCAGUCACCAAGCUCUGUGUGGCAGGAAGAGACAUCACCAACCAUCUCACCCGACUCCUCCUUGCAAGCAAGUGCAUCUUCCCUUGUAUAUUCAACAAAGCCGUGGUGGAUGAGAUCAAGGAGAGUAUGUGUUACAUCACCUUGGGAUCAAAUAAAGAGCUAUGCAAGACGGUGGAGGAAUACACACCUCCGAGAGAAUACAUACUUCCAGAUGGUCAUGUCAUCUCCAUUGAGGACAGUAUGACCAAGGUGCCAGAGGUUCUUUUUUCACCGGAUCAGCUGGGCAUCAACAGCCCGGGACUCUCAGAAAUGGUUUCCAUCAGCAUCAUGAAGUGUGACACCGACAUCCAGAAGAACCUGUUUGCAGAUAUUGUGCUGUGUGGUGGCACCACUCUCUUCCAGGGACUGGAGGAAAGACUUAUGAAGGAACUGGAACCACUAGCUUUUGAAGGGAACCCCAUCAAGAUCACAGCUUCUCCUGAUAGAUGUUUCUCUGCAUGGAUCGGUGCAUCUGUUAUGACGUCUCUGAGCACAUUCAAGCAGAUGUGGGUCACUGCUGCAGAAUUCAAGGAGUUUGGGCGAUCUGUGGUUCAGAGAAAAUGCUUUUAAUGAGCACUGAACCCAUGGAACAGGUUGAAAUACCAGAUUACAGAAGUACUUGUGUGUGUGGGGGCGGGGAUACAUCACACCUACGAAUUCAGCAAAAUGUUCAAUUAAACUGUCUUGC